AUGCUCUUCUUUCUCAUUCACUCCUUUUCUAAUCAUUCUCUUCUUUUUCCUAACUUCACCAACUCUUUUGAUGUGCAUUUUUCUCUUCUACCUUUCUUUCUUUCGUUCUCCCCUCUUUCUCAACUUGCUCCUCACUUUUCAUUUUCAUUUCAACCAUCUUUUUCUUUUCUUCUCUCUCUUCUAAUCCUUUUCCUUUUCAAUGUUUUUUUUUUCAUUUUUGUUGUUCUAACCAUUGAGUUCCUUUUUAAUCUUUCUCUUUUAUUACAUUUUCACCUUUUAUCUCUCUUUCCUCCUGUUUUUUUUAUUUAUUCUGCCCUUUCUUUUUCUCUCAAUUCCAUUUUUAUUUUUUCUUCCCCUUCCCAUUCAUUUUUUUUUCUCAAUUCAUACUUUCUUUUUCCAUUUUUCUUUUCUUUUUUUUCUCUCUCUUCCAUUACUCUCCAUUUAUUAUUUACUCUUCUCUCUCUCACGCACAUCAAUUUCUCUUUUCUCUCUUAA